UGCGUUCUUUUCCACUGGGAUUGAUUUAAGACCCCACCCCAGAGACAAAUCCCCCCUCCUCCCACACCAACCCCAAAGGAAUUGGGAGACCUUCUUUUGGACCACCGCGCAGGAGGGACAAGGCCAGGAGGACAUUGGAAAGACGCCAUUACCAUGUUCCCUUGAGCAAUGGUGCGCCAGAACACCGAAGCCAUGGGGGUGCUUAGCCAGUCAGAGUGCUGCCCUUAUCCAGACGCUUUGGGGAAAGACCACCUAGAAGAUGUGCCAAAGUGCCACCAGUCAACAGACAAAGAGGGAUUCCCCUCCCAGAGCAGUACGGAAGGUGACUCCCUUUCCUCUGAAGGCGGCUCUAGUCCAAGAGGCAUCUCCAGCGACUGUACGGAGGACGAUGAAGCCAGCAGCACGGAGAGUGCCCAGAAUGGGUAUGAGAGUCUCUGGACAGGGCGGAACGGGUGUCACAUGAAAAGGGAGCUGCAACGACAGCAUCAUGCUGUGAGCAAGAUCUCGGCUCUUGAAAAUCGGAUCAAGGAGCUGCAUCACCGGAAGAAGGAGCUGAGCAUCGAGAUGGACUUGGAAGGAGCCUUGUUGGAAGGAGAACUGAAAGGAGAGAGGCAGGAGCUGAGGCGGGAAGAGGAGCGGCUGCUGGAGCUGCAGAGGCGGCUUGUUGAAACGGAGCGCAGGUGCCACGCCGAAAGGGAGAAGGAGAAGGUGCGGCUGCAACAGGAGCGUCACAAGGUAGAGGAGCUGCAGCGGCAACAUGCUGAAUCUCAGAUUCAUCUAGACAAUCAGCCUGAAUCUAUGCGGGAGCGAAUGCAGAGCCAGCUACAAGAGACAUCUGAGAUGCUAGAAGGAGCUUUGAGAUGCUAUGAAGAUCUAGAGUUCCAGCAGCUGGAGCGAGAGAGCCGGUUGGAGGAGGAGAAGGAGGCAGCCUGCCAGGCUCUGGCCGAAGAGAUCACUAAGGUGCAGAACAGCAUCAACCAGAGGAGGAGGACGGUGCAGAGGCUGGAAGGACAGGCCCGUCUGACAAAAGAACAAAUGGUAGACGAGUGCCAGCGAUUUGCACAGGAGAAGGGCGAGGCUGUCAGGAACCUCAACGCGGAGAAAAAUCGCCUAAUGGAUGUGGGCCAGGAGUAUUUGGAGCAGAGUGGGGAGGACUCUCCAGAAAAUAAACAGAAUGUCACUCAGCUCACUUUCACCCAAAAGACGGAUCGGAAGGUCAUUGUGUUGGGCUCCGACCAGUCCGACUCAUCUUCCUGUGUCUUCUCCGUCCGCAGUUCUGUCAAGGGUUCAAUAGGACUGCAGAGGACUGCAAGUCUGCCCCGCAGGCGUGGGGAUCGCCUCCCGCCUAGGACUGCACAGCGGCCCCUCUCAAUGCAUGGUGCUCUGGACCCCAGCGUACUGGCAGCGCAGCUCUCUGGUGGGAGCAAUGGGCACUACCUGGGCAGUCCGAACCUGCAAUUUUCACGUCUCAAUAACCCACUCUACCAGCUGCUGGGUGGCCAAGGGGCUGCGGGGCAGCUAGGAGGAACCACUCAAGGAGCCUACAGCCUCGGGAACUGCGUCACUAAGUUGGCUGAGAUGGAGCGGAGAGUGCGGGAGGCCAUGGCCGAGAGAGAACGGCUGCUGCAGGAAAGGGAGGCCAAGAAAGCAGCGGAAGAGACGAGACGCAUGGAGUUGCCCCCAUCAACCAAGAACCCCAACUCAGUGGAAAUCCAGGAGCCAAAACCAGCUGUAUUCGACCUUCGCAAACACCUGGAGGCAUCAGGACACAGCGUGGACAUCUGCCCGCAUGUGCGGGUAACCAGCAAGUCCUGCAAAGGCUACUUGGUCAAGAUGGGUGGCAGGAUCAAGACGUGGAAGAAACGCUGGUUCACCUUCGAUCGCCAGAAACGUGUCCUGGCAUAUUAUGCAGACAAGGAGGAGACCAAGCUUAAGGGAGUGAUUUACUUCCAGGCCAUUGAAGAAGUUUACUACGAUCACCUCCGCAGCGCUUUCAAGAGCCCCAGCCCCAAGAUGACUUUUUGUGUCAAGACCUAUGACCGUCUCUUCUGCAUGGUAGCGCCCAGCCCGGAGGCUAUGCGCAUCUGGAUGGAUGCUAUUGUCACGGCAGCUGAAGAGAACGUUCGCUAUUGAUGGGAAAAUUCACUAUGGAUUUGACUCCUCGCGCUUGACUAUGGACCUAGCAUUUCGGCCUGAGGAGCUUCCUUGUAUAAAUUAUGGCUCUUCCCUGGGGAAGAGCCUGGCGUCAAGAUAGCCAAUGGAAGAGGCUGAAUAAGUUUAUGUUUGGUCGGAAGGAUGUGUUGAUGUGUGAUUCAUCCGAUUUUUGGAUCAACAGUACCAAACGGAGCUGAUCAAUACAUAGAGCUGUUGACAAUGCCUGUUUAUUUAUACCAUUUGCCUGAAUAGUGAUGGUGGUGCUUUUUAAUGGAUCAAUUCAAAGGGGGAUUCUGAAAAUUCCCUCCAUCCGAGAAGACUUGGGACAAUGUCUUGGCUGAUAGAAACUGUUGAUGUGAACUCCAGCCAGUUCUGUAAUGUGCGAAUUCAGUUUCAAAUAAUUAAAGCAACUAAUUCCUCUGGAAUGUGUGUCUCUUGGACAGCAUCUGCCAAAGAAAACAGGCCAUUUGGAGAGAAGGGAAGACUUCAAAUGAAUUUUAACUCAUGAGCUGGCCAGAAUUUUCAUGACACACAGGAGAAAAGAUUCUAAAGUAGUCUAGCAGCAACAGACUCUCGCCAAUUGGAAGAUGUCACGGCUUAAAUUAUCCCCGGCUAGAUGAGACUUGGUCCUGAUUGUGAGCAUUCAGGGCAGAUCUGAUUUCAAAACGUGCCUCUGAUUUAGACCUUAGCCACCACGUGAAGCUUUUCCCAUAGUGCUUUGCCACAGUGCCUUGACAUAAGCUUGUCUAGAUUACGGAAGACGUUCUUAAUAUGUGAGGUAAAACUUCUACAGCACUCACUAAGCAGAACGGUGAGAUACCGGUGCAUGCUGUUUCGAUCUCCUUAUAUUUAUUGUGAACUUUGGGUCUUCUUUUUUCUUAAUACCUGGGAACACUGUUUAAAGGCGAAACCCUGUAUAAAAUUGUAGCCUAUUUAUUGUAUAAACCUUCGACAUGAAAA